AUGGGGGAUUGGAAUUUUCUAGGGGGGAUAUUGGAGGAGGUGCAUAUCCACUCCACUAUGGUGGGAAAGAUCUGGCUCACCAUCCUAUUCAUCUUCCGCAUGCUGGUGCUGGGUGUGGCGGCCGAGGACGUGUGGAACGAUGAGCAGGCCGACUUCAUCUGCAACACGGAGCAGCCCGGUUGCCGGAACGUCUGCUACGACCUGGCUUUCCCCAUCUCCCUCAUCCGCUUCUGGGUCCUUCAGGUCAUCUUUGUCUCAUCGCCCUCGCUAGUGUACAUGGGCCAUGCUCUCUACCGCCUCCGAGCCCUGGAGAAGGAGCGGCAGAAAAAGAAGGUCCUGCUGCGUCGCGAGCUGGAGCUGGUGGACGUGGAGAUGGUGGCAGCUCGGAAAACGAUUGAGCGAGAGGUGAGGCAACUGGAGCAAGGCAAGCUCAACAAGGCUCCGCUGUCGGGGUCCCUGCUGCGCACCUAUGUGGCCCACAUCAUUACCCGCUCCGCCGUGGAGGUAGGCUUUAUAACGGGCCAGUACAUCCUCUAUGGCUUCCAGCUCUCCCCUCUCUUCAAGUGCGAGCGUGAGCCUUGCCCCAACGCGGUGGACUGCUUCGUCUCCCGGCCCACAGAGAAGAGUGUCUUCAUGGUCUUUAUGCAAUGCAUCGCAGUAGUCUCCCUCUUCCUAAACAUCUUGGAGAUCAUGCACCUGGGCUACAAGAAGGUCAAGAAGGGCAUCCUGGAUUACUAUCCACACCUGCAAGACGAGCUUGACGACUUCUACUCAAGCAAAACCAAGAAAGACUCCGUGGUGCAUCAGACAGGCAUUGCUUCCUCCGGCUGCAAGCCCACCAUGGCCUCCGCGCCCAGUGGCUAUAACCUCCUACUGGAGCGGGCUCAGGACGGUCACACCUACCCCUCCCUUAUCAACCCCUCUGCCUUCCUCCCUGUUCAGGGUGAACUGGCUGGUAAACAGAGUGUGGAAGAACUAAAAAAUGCUGCACAUAGCCUGACAGAGCACAACUCCAACUCCAAUAACACCAGCAGUGACAGCCGCUCACCGCCCUGCGACUCACUGACCCCGCCAAAGCAGGAGGAGCCAGAGGAGUCUGCAGACUCUCCCAUGCGCCCAAGGAACGCAUCUCACGCUUCCUCCUGCCCGACAUUGCUAGUAGGUGCCGGAAGGAAAACAUGGAGGGUCAAUGCUCCCUCAAAUUGUUCCACAGUGGUGGAAGGCAAAAGCUCAGACACAGAUUCUUAUGGGGGUGCUAAGGCCAGUGGUGGGUACCAAGCCCGGACUGCAUCGGAACCCAAAAUGCAUCCCUCCACCCCAGACUCACUAGAGGAAUCAAGUUUAGGGUCACAGCAUAGUCCGAGACCACCCUCUUCCAAUCGCAGACCAUCCUCCACAAGCAACGCAAGCAGUAGGCGAGCCCCCACAGAUUUACAAGUUUGAAUGCUAAGAGUAAAACCUUAUCUUUUGUCCCUUAUCAGACAAGAAAACUUCAGUU